GAGCGGGAGAGGCCCGGCCCCGUUCACCGCCCCCCCGCGAUCCGGAGGAGCUGCGUGAGGUUGAGUGGGAAGCAAGGAGGAAGGACGCUUAGAAGAAAGGCUGACAGCCUGUUCCCACCAGCAAUGGAGUGAAGGGUGAGGCAGGACUGGGAAGGAGAAAGCUAUCACUGCCAGCUGGGAGCCAAGCAGACAGGCUGAGUUUCACAGGCAGCACUGCACUGACUGACAGAUGUCGUGCCCAGGCUGGCCUGCUUUAUGAGACUCUUCUACACUGUGCAAAUGCUGGGUGUGAUUCCACAAGGUGAAAGCCGUCAGAAUGCUGGUUACCUUGCAGCAGACAAUAAGGUCUGGGCUCAGGAAUUUUCCAGCUAACCCAGCAGCCUGCAAAGGGGGCCCCUCGCUAACACUGGUUUGGCCCCAUUCUGCAUCAGCUCCGAUGUGCUGCCGCUGCUGGACUUUGCUUGGCACAGUGCAACGCAGAGGAUCAGGUCUGCCAGGAGCAGGGCUCGCCUCUUGUUGGAGCAGUCAGGAAUGUGGAUACGUCUUCUGGGAAGAAACAGCAGAAAGGCUGGAAGCUGAAUAUUGAGCUUCAUGUCUUUGUGAAGACAGACCUCCCGCAGCGAGUGAAAACACCUGUGUAGAAUUCCAUGAACAAUGCCUUAUAUUCCUGAAUGGCUUCCAGAAGAAUCGUUGGUACCUUAUUUUCUUAGGCUGUUAAUGGAUACGGAGGAUUCAGAUGGCUGGUCAAGUAAAAACCUUGAUCAGAGCUCAGUGCUGUGUGUGCCAGAUGUGAUGAGGAAAUGAUUUACUGUAAGCAAAAUAACUGCUCUUGGUUGAAGCACUGAAUCCAGUAAGAUGAAGAAUGUCAAAAGGAGUCUACGAAUGAGACCAAGAUGGCAGUUCCACUCUUGAUUGAGAGUUUGAGGAAGUGGACUAAUGCAUGAGUGCUGUGAUAAAUCUGUCCAAGAAAAGGACGUUAAAACAUGGACUCGUGUCUUUUUUAAACCAGAGAAGAUCUGGGUUGUGAUCAUCCAAUCAAAAUGGACUUUGCACUUGAAUUAAUCAGGGGACUGUCAGUGCUUUAUCCAGUGCUGGAUCUGUUUGAGGAUUGGGUGGUAAAAUUUGAUUCUCAGAUUAUAUGUGCUUAAGAGGGAAAUGGAUUUGGUAAGAAAUCUGUUACUAUCCCAUUGGACAAAAUGUAUUUAUUAUUAUUUUUUUUAAAGUGACUUAAUAAAAGGUUUUGGUUUCCUUCAUGCUUUGUGUUUGUCCUUUCUGGCUGAAUCUUUUCUUGGUCGUGUUGAUAUUUAAGAGUGUUAUAUUUUCGGUUGCUAUGAAAGUGAGAAAUACUUUAGCUGCCAAGCACUAAAGGCAAGGUAAAUUUUUUUAUGUUCUUGAUGUUUAAAAUGUGGUUUUCAUUUACAAAUGAUCUUCACUUUGCUAUGACUUCUAAUGAAUAUUCAUUCUGGUUUGUUCAUUCAGGUGCUUAACAUUGGCCAUUUCCCUAACCUUGGUGUGUUGUCAGGGUGCUUCUGCUAAACUUUCUCAAGUUAUUUUAAGGUGGAUUCGGUAUCAUCUUGAAGGCUGGGCAAAUGUGUUAUAAUAAAGGAGUACUUAAAUGUUUUCUGUUGGGUUUGUUAGAUGUGCUCAUUCACUGGUGUGUGUGUACAGAAACUGUUACCAGACUUCCUGGACAACAUACUUCCUAAACAGUCUAUUUUCCUAAAAUUGUUCUGUGUACCUGAUCUGUUUCACUGCUAUUUAAUGUGGACAUGGCUUCCUGAUUCUGUACCAUGUAUUUGAUGAGGAAAACUGUGUUAAUUUUCUGACUGCUGCAGAUGAUGGUUGCUUUUUCUAAUGAAUUUGAAGGUGGUUCUUACGUUAAAAAAACUUCUUUCCAGAUUUUUUGUGAAUGAAAUAAUUGAACUGUAUUUCGAGUACAUUUCACUUGAAAUUCGUGGUUGUCUGUGUCAGAUUGGUCUUCAUGUGGAGGACAAAUCUCAUUCUGUGGACUUAAGCAAUGGAGUUUUGUUUUUAAAAACAGAAAACAAAUGGGCUGUUCAGUGAUUUUGCUCUUUUAGGCCUCUUUGGAAAUAUCCACUCUUACCAUAAUGAAUUGUUGAUGCUUUUUUGAUGAUGCUAUUUCAAUGAUGCGCGCCUGCCUGUUGAAGUUUGCUUUUGCCGUGCGUUAUGUGGUGGUGUUGGAUGUUGGGACCAACUUAGAGAUCCACAUUCAGAUGAGUGGAUUUAACCCAAAGCAUUUUCAGUUGUGUUGUCGUACUCCUUGGUUCUAGUUUAGGUGUUAAGGUUCUUCCAUAAGUCGUUGGUAAACUGGUGUUCAGUGAAGUGGAUGCUGACAGCAGAGCGUACCGUAUUGUACCUCUUGGUAUGGAGAUGUGAUAGGUUGUUGGCAGAAAUGGACAGCAAGUGGGUAGAGUUCAAAGGAAGUAUCUUGGUUCAGCUGGUGGAAGCCAGUGUUUCCGAGCUGUUGGGAUGCUGUGCUGUGGACAGUCCUUGUAGACGCUGGAACUUGCCCAUUGCCUCUUCCCCUCCAUUGGUUACCCAAUGGCUGAUUUCCGUCUCUGGUUGUGAUGGCUACAAAUAUGGAAGAAGUCCAUGUGAUUUAAGUUGUCUGUUGCUUGUGGGGAAACAAAUGGUGGUCAGGAUGCAAGAGGCUGGGAAUGGUUGGUUCUCCUCCAUGUCCUCUGUGAUAUGUCUUCUCAGCACCCCAGGAUGUUGGACUGUAGAUGCGGGUUGAUUUCUGAAUACGCAUCUUGGCUAUUUCGCGGCUUUGAAUUCUUUUGUUUAAAAUUUCUUGGCGAGUAUUAAUGAUUUAAGAGUGGAAACGAAAAAAUAAUUCAUUUAAUGGUGUGAGAUUUGUUCUACAGCAAUGCCUUCACAUCUCUGAUGAAAAUGCCAUAGCUGUUGGAUUAGUGUUGCUGGGGCAGACCACUAGGGAGGCGCUGUUGAGCUGGAAGGGGUUGGUAGCACUGUGGGGCUUUUUCAGGAGCUCGUGGCACUUCUGUUCCAAGCACUAACUGCAAAUACUGGAUGACAGAAGGAAGACCUUUUGUCUGGGGGUACUAUGGCUUAGCUUAAAAAUAAGCCCCCCUCGGGUGGGGUGACCCCCAAGGUGGGCAGUUGCUGGCUGCAUGGCUGUGAGCUCCACUGCCAUUCUUUCAAAAUGGCUUGUAGCAGCACCACUUCCUGUCCAGGGAGGAAGUAAUUUUAGCCCAUGCACUGAAAUAUUUAGCAAAUCUUUAAAACAAAAGGAACAAAUUACGUUUCUUUCUGGUUUUAAAAGAGUGGCUGAGCCACAGGGGGUUAAGGUGCCCCUUCUGCUGGGGUAGUUGGAAGGAGCCAGGGCUGUGGGGGGUAGCAGGCACCCUUUAGGUGGAGGCUAUCUCUUUUUUUGGUAGAAAUGAAGGGGUGGGUCUAUGGUACAUCACCUGAGUUGUGGGGUAAAUGUAGAGAGUGUCAAUCAAAGGCAGAGCUCAGAGCUGGGAAGGAGCUCUAGAUGGCGGCUGUGCCUUAGAGAGAGCGCGCUCAGCUCCGUGCCUUCCCCAACACUUUACGCAACUUUCCCUAACUUUCGGGCAGCCUCAGGGGGCCCCCACAGCCCCUUGCCUCUCCUAGGCACUAAUAGGGGGCCGAGCGGACCUUUUUCGGGCAGAAAAGCAGCUUUUGAGGGCUCCUUUUUCGUGCCUUGCUGGAAAGAAGAAGCCGUGGAGAGAGCCCAGGUCGUUGUUUUUCCAGCUUAGAAGCCAUGGCGUACCUCCAUUUUUGUGCGCUCUCCUAAUGAGCUUUUUCCCCCGGACAUUUUUGUACUAAUUAUCGUUUCUUUUGCUUUACCGACAGCAUAUUUUUGAGGAUUAGAAUAUAUAUAUUUUUUUCUUUUUUCUGAUUUUGGUAUUUUAUCAUUCGAACUCUAAAUAUUUUGGAUCUAAUGUUUUACCACGAGCCGAAACUAACAUCGACUUGGUCCUGGCGGCGGUGCAUGGAUCAGUAAAUACCUGGGCACAGGACUUCAAAGCAAGCAGACAUCCCUGACCCCCUCUUAUUAUUUAAGAAUAAAAAGAUGAUGAGAAAUAAGGACAAAAGCCAAGGAGAGGAGGGUUCAGUCCACAGCAAUGCAUCGAGGUACGAUCUAUCAACUUUCUUUUCUUUUUUUUUUUUUUCCUCUCUAAAACCUGUGAAUGCCCUGUUUGCUUUGACAGCCACGGGUUACUGUCAGUGCUCCCUAUAGAACAUUUUCCUGAUUUUUGUUGCCUUUUUAAGGAAUGACCUUGAGAUUGUUAGCAUGCCACACCCUAAUUUAUUUUUUAUUUUUUUUCUCGGUAGCAAUUUCUGAAAGUUGUGUUGUGACUUAAGGGCCCAUGUCACAGUCAAAAGGUACCGUACCUUUAUUCAGGGGAGCCCUUUUCUCUGUAGGGUGUUUUUCCAGCUUUUCAAUUUCGGUUUUUAGGUUUUUUGUGCUGUGAAAAAUGACCUUGUCGGUUUAGCCAUUGCUGCAUUGCACCAUUUUACAUACAAGGCGGAUUUUUUUUUUCCUUUGAAGAAUCUCAGAAGUCUAAACUUUAACUGAAGGCCAUACAGAAGCCUGGUGUAGUAGUAAAUUAUAGUAAAUAGACCUAAGAAAAAGUUACAUGAAUGAAAAAUAGCUCAUUUUAAAAUAUAAACUGGGAAGCGCCUUUCUGUCCGACAGCCCUUACUUCAUUUUUUAUUUGAGCUUGUGGAACUUUGAUGCUGUUUUGAUAUUUUUAGGAUAUUUUCAUACAAUUUAGACUCAACUUUUCUCCGGUGGUCGUGGCAUUUUGUAUUAUAAAAUAUAACCUGGGGCUGCUAACAAGAGGCUGCAAAUGCAUUGUCUGUUUAUUUAAUGCAUUAUUGCUCGGAGGAUUUUUGUUUAUUUUGUGCAGUAAUUAGAUUAUUUCCAGAUUUUAAUCAAUUGAUCCUUGAUGUAGGAAAAGUAUGGAAUACUGAAAAUGCUGGUUCGUUAAGAAUACAUGAUUGUAAUUAUUGCUUCUUUUUAUAUUAAAUGGGUCGACUUAAAGAGAGAAAAGAGAAAAAAAAAAAGAGGAAAUGAAUUUUACAUGCAUUUAUUUUGUCUUCUGGUUUGUAAACACGCCGAGUUUUGCAUUUUGUUCAUUUGGAUGGAAUUCUGGCCUGUUUCUUAUUUUCCCUUUGGUGUGAAGUAAUUUUGAAGGCAUGCUAAUAAAACAAAUUCUGAACAGUUUGUUGUAUCACAUGUACUCUUAUGUGAUGUUUGCAGGUGUUUGGUAUUUUUGAUGCCCAUUAUUUAACCUUAUUUAAACGCACACUUGAAAUACUGUGGGAAUGUGUCUGUUAUCAGAGUACUGUGACACCUGAAAAUAUAUAUACAUGUGUGUAUUUAUGGUAUGGGGGAUGUGUUGAGACUACUGACGAAUUUUAAAUCCUAAAAUGGAUAUGGGUAAGUUUAAAAUGAUUAUUAAUAAAUCGAGCUUCGGGGAUGUUGAAACACAACAUAUAGCACCUAUACAGCUGUGUUAUAAUAAUGCAAUCUGAACAGAAGGCAGAUUUUCAAACCACAAUGUUGGUGUUGUUGGAAAUACUGCUUUAUAAGCCUGAUUUUUUCACUAAAAGAGGAGCAUUCACUUUGUUUUUCUGGUCGCUUUAAGUGCGGAUUGCCAGCUAAAGCAAUAGUAGGUGUGAUUUGCUCAGGAUAUCUAAAUUAAGGUAGCGCAUCUGCUUGAAAUUCUGUCCUGAAUAUGAGGUGCAAACAGAGACAUCUAGCAGUAGAAGAGCUUUGUGUUUUUUGUCCUCGGGGUGAUUCUAUUUGCAUAGUCUCACAUGUGUGAUUUUGCUGAUUUCUUUGAAAGGUUGUUUAUCUGGAUGGCUUUAAACCAACACCUGUUGUGAGGUUACGCUGCCUCUUCCACUGUUCUUCCCAAAAUAAACUUGCUGUGGGUUCACAUCCCCUCACCUGAGGUGUGGGAACAAUCCAACACGAGGCUGUUUGUGAGUGAGCCCUGUCGAGCUGCCUUCUGAGCUGUGAGUCAGCUGAAUGUCGUAAAAUGGGCUUUACUUCCUGAGGUUGACUUGAAGUUGCAGGGGAAAUGAUUUCUAGGAAGUAAAGCCACCACUUUGCUUUACUGCAGCCCCAAUCUGCACUCGUGUCUGUACCUCAAAUGCUGCUGGCCUGUUGAGUUUGGUUUUGGUUUGUUUUUUUUCCUGAGCGGUGUGAAUAUGUACAUCUGUAGUCCUGGAUUGGAGCUGUGGAUGGUGGCAGUGGGUGGACAAGGUGGAUACAACCAGUGCCACUGUAACUGGACUAGGAAAAUCUGAUGCUUCUCUGCUCCUUUAGUGUGCAGCCUGGGGACUAUUUGGAAUAGACACCUGCACUGCCAGUCCUAAGGAAGCGAAAAGCUGUGUGAACAAACCAGAAUCCCUCUGAGGAUUGUCCUGGAGCAGGUGAUCAUUGCUGGGGGCCAAAUGAUGCUGACCCCCAGUCUGUGAGCUGACUGGUGCUAUGGGGGAGCAGCCACACCUGCCCUGGUGUCCCCUCGAUGCUGGGCCUGCCCUGCUGCCCUGCAGUUGAUUCUGGGCCACCUCCACGUGGGUCUGGUGAGAUGCUGGAGCUUCUAAUAACCACCACCUGUGUGUUUGGGGCAUGAAUUGCCUGCAGCCAAACACAGCCCUGAUGCUUUCCAGCAUUCUUUGUGUUGCCUUUUAUGAAAGGUGGGUGCUCAAGUUCAGUGCAGUGGUGGGAGCUGCAGCAGUGAGAUGCAGCUGGGGGUCCUGUGAGCCCUGGAGCGAUGCAGGGAUGGCACACAGCACACAGCCACCAUGUUGCUUUCCCUUGGCUCUCUCCUUGCCUUUGUUGCAGGGAAGUUAAGAGCCACUGCAUGCAAGGAAUUUAUCACAAAGGCUGCAGGGCUGAACAGCGUUUAGGACUGUGCUUCUCACCAUUUGGGAAGGAAAAAAAAGAGAAAAAAGAGGGGAAAAAACAAGAGCAGGGUGGGCCUGAGGGCUGUGUGUGUCGGAGCUGUGGCAGGGCGCUGCGGGCUCGGCCCAGCACGGCUCGCUGCUCCAUGGCAGCCAUUUUAUGAAGAUGUAGCUGCAGACACAGGACUUGGUGCGGGGGGGGAGCGAUGGGGGACGAGGCUGCCGAGCAUUAAUGGCUGUGCCCCUGUGUGGGGGGAUUGCAGGGCAGCUCAGCCUGCUCGGUAGCGUGAGGAAACCCGCCAUACCCCGCAAAGGGCGAGGGGAAAACCGCCCCGCCUGGCACUUCGGUGCGGGUCCGGCGGAGUCACAAAAUGGCUGUUCCUUUGUGCCGCAUAGCUGACAGACAUACUGCAUUGCACUGUGUGUACUCUAAAAACAGCAGGAAGUUGCUGGUGCUGAGUUCAAAGGCCAUUUGUGCUCGGCGGGGCCGGGGAUUGGCUGCGUGUUCGCCUGGUAACAGCUGGCUGGACGGCGGCGCUGAUGGAGGCUGGGCCAGGCCUGCGGCUGCGUGCGCAACCUGACUGCGCGAGGGAUGCUGGGUGCUAUGGGAGCACUGGGUGCUAUGGGAGCAUUAGGUGCUAUGGGAGCACUGGGUGCGCUUUAUGAAGCUGUGGGAAGGCUUUUUUUGUUGAGAAAAGGGAAAAAUGCUUUCUCAGAACAGGAAUCCAAAGGAGUAAUGCGUGAGGAAUUUGUACGAUAGUGAUGUAAGCUGCACAAAGGAGCUUGUUAUUCUUUCGUGACUUCUGUUUCACAUUAUCCUCUCAAAGGAAAUGUCUCAUCAAAUUACAAACACGCAAUUCCGAGACCUAAAACUUGUCGGUUUCCUGUUUUGUGAGCGCUGCCAGGAAUGGAUACUCCACACAAAGCCUCACCGGCUGCAAGGAGCUGCAUUUAGCUGCAUUCCAGCUCUUCCGGAUUGUGUCCUCUGGUUAAACUUCCUAAGCCAGCUAAUGGCAUUUUAUAGUUUCUUUAAAUGCUUGACUUCUGCUGAAUGAAAACAGAAAACCAGAGCUCACCUGGGUAGCUCAGUAACCCUUUGCAAACACUCCUGUAGCACAUAGCGCGUGUUCCUACCAGAGCCCUGCUGCAAACAUCUCCUGCCUGCGUUUCUCUUACUGAAGGAAUUUAGCUUGAGUUCUGAGGAUGAGAAAUGCUUCUAUAUCUCCUGUUUGUCUUCCCCUCUCCUUCAAGGAACAUGAAUAGGAACAGAACAACACUGAGGGAGGGGAUAGCCUGGAUUAUUGUAAUUAGUUAAGCCACCUUCUAGCAAAGGAUGUACUGCCCUACUGACAUAGUGUCUUACAUAAACUUUGCUGGUGAAAAGCCACCAAACGAGCUCUGUCCAAGAGGUGGUGGGAUACUGGUAAAAACUGUGUCCUGCAAAGGAUCCUUGGUAUGAAAGCAAAACCAUUGAGAAGGAAAAUAGUGUCUGGUGGCUUAUGAUGAAGCUUUACUAAGUCUGUGUAAGGCCGCUCAUGCCUCCUUUUUUUGGAGCUGGGAGUGUCUUUUGGUUAUAAUAAGCAAAACGUUGAUGAGUCUUUCCAAGCAUGCAGUAGCAUUUAUGACAGCGCUGCCUGUGCAGCGCUGCUACAAAGCUAUCACUUUUCAAUACGUGGUUUACUUAACGUUAACAUUUUGAGAUCAUCCAUCUAGAAGUAGCCUAUGUGGGACCCCCAGCUGGGAUCCUUUUCUGGUAUGGUGCUGGUAAGUGCUCACACAGCCUCACAUUUUGGCUGUGCUCCUGGGAAGCCUUUGCCAAGCACUGAGCCUCACAGCUUGCUCUGCUGCUCAACGGUUCGCUGCUCACAAACCCCAGCUCCAAACAAUUGUGUUGCAAUGUGAAGAAUUCCCCGUCUCCAGAACACUAAGAACCUUAGGGGGGAAAAAAAAAGAGUUGUAACUGUUUGUUUCUUGCCAGUUUUCUCGCUGGGUGCAGAAGACGUGGUGUAAUUGUUCACAUAUUAACUCGAGGAGUCAUUUACGUCUCUUUCAUGGGGAGGAGCCUCUGCUCUGAACACAGCCUGGCUGUGGAUUGGAGAGCUCUGCGUGCCAUGUGCUGUCUGUACAAUGGAGGCUUAAUGCGGGCCUUAAAUCUGUUGGUUAAAAAGAGCUUUUAACAGACACUUGGAAUGAUAUUCUCAGGCCGGGUCAAGUUACGUUCUUUGCACUGCGGGUCAUCUGGCACCAGGAGAGAAUCUGUGCCUCUGACUUUUUGUUGCUGAUUCUGAGUCACAGAUUCUCAUCUUAUUCUGUUUCUUUAUUACUUCUCAAAGGAAACUUGCAAAUGUUAAAUGGAGAAAAAGCCACAAGCUCCUCGCUGCAGUAAUUUAGGCCUGACUUAUGUGUUGUGCAGCUUAGUGUUCUUUACAUCUGGCAAUGCGUGCUAUUCCCAUUGUGCUACCCGGAACAGGAGCUGCAGUGGCAGUGGGGUACAAUGAGUUCCCCCACCCCUUGUUUCAGCCUCCUGGAGAAGUAUAGGCACCCGAUGGUUGCAUUGCAUGGAGGUGCUCAGCAAUGGAUGCUGAGCAUUGCGAUGCUUUGCAUCUCUCGGGCGUGGAGAGCGCUGUCCUUUUCAAAUCCCUGAGGUCUGCAAUUGCGCUUUCCUUUUGGCGCAGGGAAGGAUGCUAUGCUGCCUUUGGACGUUCUCAAUGGCGCUCCUUAAUCAAGCAGACAGGUUGUAACUCCUUUUAUCACUGUUCUUUUUUUUAUCUUCUUUUUUUUCUCCCCGCUAAACAUCCCAGGCAUUUUCAGCCUCUGGCUCAAAGAUCAGAGAGCAGAAGAGCCCCCUCUCCCACUCAUGAAUGAGCUACUAGUUUUGUUUCAUUAUUCAAGCAUAAUGGGUUGCCUUUGUAGUGGGGGGGGGGGGGGAGAUCUUCUGGAAAAUACUUGUCAUUCAAGAUAACCCCACGUGCUUUGAGCUGCAGCAGAGCAGUGAGGGAUAUAUUUAGCUUGCUCUGUGCUCAGGAUUGCUUUGCCUUUGGCAUUUGGGAGUCCUGUGCUGGAGCAAGUAAAUGGUGUCUGUGAAGAUUUCCCUCUGCCUCCUCCCCUUCCUGUCCUUUCAGCCAGGCUGGCAAGUGGCACAAGGCAAUUCAGAUGGUUAUUCAGAUAGGAUGCCUGCUGGGUGCAUAAUCCCCUGGUUUAUGCAGUAGCACGGUGGCCCUGUUGUGCCUGCUGCUGUGAAAAUGUAAUUAACACCCACUUUCUGCAAGCCGGGUUUGCAGCCACGUGGGGAAAAAGAGUCACUAUGGAGAAUAUACAAGUGCCUAUUUAGGAAGAAAAGUUGCCUGUCAGUAAGUGAGACUGGGGAAAUAUUUUUCUACCUCAAAAUCCCUCAAUUUCAUCUGGUUAUCUGGCAGGGAUAUAAUCCACGGGCUCUUGUUCCCCAUAACAGCCUACCCAAUUUGCCCAACAUAUACUGUAUUUUAAGGUGCUUGAGGCUUGAUUCUGAACUGCUUGAAGAGCCUCUCUGCAUUCAGUGUAUUGUAGUUUGGAACUGGAGCCACACGCAGUGCAUGAGCACUGCUAGCAGAGUAAUGGCAGCAUUUUUCUUCCUCUCCAUUCCCUCCCCCAUUUGCAUUUUUGCCUGCAGGAGAUAAGUUCACUGACUAACCCAAGCUGGGAAACUUUGUUGACUAAACUGUCUCAACUGUUAUCACUAGAAAAAGCCAUUGCCUCAGGAGCUGGGUGGGUGCCUGUCACUUUUCGUGAUAGAUUUUGAGAAUCAAGCCCAAAAAGUUAGGAAUUGAUUUAUUUUCAGUGUCACAGGUUGGGUGUUGUUCACUCAGCUCUCCUACAAGCUCUGUGUACUGUCUUACAGCUGCUGUGUGUCUUGGGCCGUGCAUCGCUAUUAACUGAUAAUGCUUGUUAUUCUCAUUGUACGUAAACACAGUGUAUGUUGGUGUAUAAUAAUAGAGAACAUCACGUUUAUAUUCAGGGAAAUGUUAAAAAGAAAACAGCAAUGUGGGAUCUGGCUGGAUCAGUGCAUGUGAUGUGGUUUGCCACGUUCCCUUUGUGUGUAGAACUACCUGUGCAUAGGUCACGUUAGGAAAGCGUGUCUGUUUAAAUAGUUGUGAGUUGGUGGCUUGCACUCUUUGCCUCUGUGUGCUUUGGAGUAAAUCCAGGGUUACCUCCAUGCCUGAUGCUGCUGAUGGGCAGGUGAUGCUGGCAGCCCGCACUGAAGAACUACGUGGAGUGAGAAGCCCCUUCUGGUGGUAAAGCUGGACCUGAAAAAUGCACCUGGGCUGGGGGAGAUGUGCAGCUGCUCAGCCUCAUGUGCCCACUGGGUGCAUGGAUGGAACGUGUCCCAACCCCUCCGCUUUGUUCCCAGCUGGGGUUGCCAUGGGGCUGGAAUGCAACUGCCCCUUGUGGCAGGAUCACUUGGUUCUGCCAGAGGAGGAGGACAUGGGUUCAGGUGUGGACAAACCAAGUGCUGGCUUCAUCCUACCCCAAAACCGGAGUCAUGCUGCUGGCCCCUUUCUCCACUAAGCUAAGCAUGGUGUCCUUGCGCUGUUCUGGUGACCUAGUUUAUGCUGGCUCGAGUGAAAGUCACUCGGCAUCCGAAGAAGCCUCUGGCUCUGACUCUGCAAGCCAGUCUGAGAGUGAGCAGGGCAGCGAGCAGGGCAGCGAGUCUAACAGCAGCUCCGAGUCCUCUGAAAGUCAGUCUGAAUCCGAAAGUGAAUCAACGGGUUCGAAAUCCCAGCAGACCCCUCCUGAAACCAAAGAAAAACCAGCCUCUAAGAAGGAAAGGAUAGCAGAUGUUAAAAAGAUGUGGGAAGAAUAUCCUGAUGUUUAUGGGGUUAGGAGGUCAAACCGAAGCAGACAAGAACCGUCACGAUUUAAUAUAAAAGAUGAGGCAAGUAGCGAAUCUGAAAAUGAGAGCCCAAAAAGAAGAGGCCAGAAGCAAGUGAAAAGAAAAAAAAAGUGGAAAAGAGAGAUUUCUGGUGAAGAAGAGGAUGAAGAUGGAGGGGAUCAAGGGACCAGUGCAGAGAGUGAGCCUGAACCGAAGAGAAUUAAAGCAAAAAGACCCGUCCAAAGGAGAGCAAUGGCCAAAACCAGUGUUAAAAAACCUCCCAAACUCCAGCGUGGGAAGAAGAGAAAGAGACAGGUGUCAUCUGAAGAUGACGACGAUGAUGAAGAUGGUGAAACUCCCAAGAGACAAACUCGACGAAGAGCAGCCAAAAAUGUCAGUUACAAGGAGGACGACGAUUUUGAGACCGAUUCUGAUGACCUGAUAGAGAUGACUGGGGAAGGGGCUGAUGAACACGAAGACAACAGUGAAACUAUUGAAAAAGUCUUGGACAUCAGGCUUGGAAAAAAAGGAGCCACUGGCGCUUCCACCACAGUGUAUGCAACUGAAGCCAAUGGCAACCCCAGCGCUGACUUUGACCCUGAAAAAGAUGAGGGAGAGGUUCAUUACCUGAUCAAAUGGAAAGGCUGGUCGUACAUCCACAGCACGUGGGAGAGUGAGGAGUCCCUGCAACAGCAGAAAGUGAAGGGCCUGAAAAAACUAGAAAACUUCAAGAAAAAGGAGGAGGAGAUCAAGCAAUGGCUGGCCAAGGUAUCGCCUGAAGAUGUGGAAUAUUUCAACUGCCAACAGGAGCUGGCUUCAGAGCUGAACAAACAGUAUCAAAUUGUGGAGAGAGUAAUUGCUGUGAAGACCAGCAAGACUGCGACGGGGCAUGCUGACUUCCCAGCAAACAGUCGCAAAACAUCCUCAAAUGACCCCGAAUACCUGUGCAAGUGGAUGGGGCUGCCCUAUGCAGAGUGCAGCUGGGAAGAUGAAGCUCUAAUAAGCAAGAAAUUUCAGCACUGCAUUGACAGCUUCAACAACCGUAACAACUCCAAGACGAUUCCUACCCGGGACUGCAAGGUAUUGAAGCAGAGACCAAGAUUUGUUGCCUUGAAGAAACAGCCUUCUUAUAUUGGCAGUGAGAACCUGGAGCUGCGAGAUUACCAGCUGGAGGGCCUCAAUUGGCUGGCUCACUCGUGGUGCAAGUAA